GCCUGCCCCUUGCAUCUAAUCGAACACACGCACACACCGCACCAAGGGGGCUGCUGGAGGACUCGAACUCCUGGGCUAACGAGGACGCUUUGCGCGAGCACUUUGCGCGUCUUCGCUGCUCCUCCAAGCGCUUUGCGCAGAGAAGACUGAAUUAUCAGCGACCCGCUUCCGAGCCCCAGCUUCUGCUCUUUUUUAAUUCUCCGAGCGUUGUCUGAACCAUAGAGCCCGCUUUGAUAGCACGGCGGCUCGACCUUAUUUUUGAAAGCAAUUAAACUUGGCAGAGCUGAGGCAGGAGGCUUCCCGGUGCCAGGAGCCGCCGAGCGGGUGUGCGUGCGUGUGUGUGUGUGUGACAAACUCGAUCAGCGCGGACCAUCCCACCUCUUGUCCGAAGCUUUCAAACUGUUGUUCUUUCUCCCAGUAUCACAGCACCGACUAAUCUAGGCCCCCCCCCUCCCCGAGCCCACCCCCUUUCGAAGAUAUGGAAGGGAAAGAUAAAGAGGCUGCCACUGGACUCUGACCGUGUGCAGCUGGCUCUUGGCUUCCAGGGCUGGGUGGACUUCCCAGUCGCUUUCCCCAGCAAACCGCCUGCGGAGGGACAGGAUGCAACUUCUUGUGCCUGCAGCAGCAUGCCAGCAGGAUUGAACGGUUAUCGCUCUCUUGACUUCAGUGAAGCAAUGCUGAUAUAUAUCUUCUGAAGAUGAUGGCAUCGUAAGCAUCUAGAGUACAGCAGUACCGUGGAGCUGCAUUGCCUUCAUGCCUCUCACUGCUUUAGAUGCCAGCCUUAUCCUUGACUGCUGCAGCAGGAGCACAGGCCCCAGAGCCCACCUCCUGAGGGGGAAGAAUCCUACUUUCCAUCCAGUGACUACACAUGCCAGGAGUUGCAAAGGAGAAGGCUCACACAUUAAAUGUGGCCAGAUUGGGUGACUGGAGAAAGAAGAGAAUGGAGGGAAAGGGGAAAGAAGUAAAUACAGAAAAGGUUUAAGUGACAAUUGGUCGUCAGGCUUCUUGUUAGAGUCACAGAAAUGAAUAACUCAACUUAUAUAAACUCCUCCAUUGGAGAUGUUCUGGCCUUGGGGAGUCCCUAUAAAACUGUUGAGGUGGUGUUCAUAGUCCUGGUGGCAGGGUCUCUCAGUCUAGUGACUAUCAUUGGGAACAUUCUGGUCAUGGUGUCCAUCAAAGUCAACAGGCACCUACAGACUGUCAACAAUUACUUCCUGUUCAGCUUGGCUUGUGCUGACUUGAUUAUUGGUGUCUUUUCCAUGAACCUGUACACACUUUACACAGUGAUUGGCUAUUGGCCCUUGGGGCCUGUAGUGUGUGACCUGUGGCUGGCUCUUGAUUAUGUGGUCAGCAAUGCCUCUGUCAUGAACCUUCUCAUCAUCAGCUUUGACAGAUAUUUUUGUGUCACCAAGCCUCUGUCGUAUCCUGUAAAGAGGACCACUAAGAUGGCGGGCAUGAUGAUUGCAGCCGCUUGGGUGCUGUCCUUCAUCUUGUGGGCACCUGCAAUACUUUUCUGGCAGUUUAUUGUGGGGGGAAGAACUGUUCCUGAUGGGGAGUGCUACAUCCAAUUUUUUUCCAAUGCUGCUGUCACCUUUGGCACUGCUAUUGCAGCCUUCUACCUGCCUGUUAUCAUCAUGACCAUCCUCUACUGGCAGAUAUCUCGGGCCAGCAAGAGCAGGAUAAAAAAAGGAAAAAAGGAACCAGCACAAAGCCAGGAUCCAGUUUCUCCCAGUUUGGUCCAAGGUAAAAUAGUGAAACCAAACAACAACAACAUCCCACCCAGCGUGGAUGGGUUGGAGCACAGCAAAAUUCAGAAUGGUAAAGCCACUGGAGAGGCUGUGACAGAGAACUGUGUUCCAGGGGAAGAGAAGGAGAGUUCUAAUGACUCCACUUCGGUCAGCGUUGUUGCUUCCAAUGUGAAGGAGGAUGAAGUUACCAAAGAGGCCACCACGGCUUCUGUCUCCCACGCCCAUGUGAAAGGGGAGAAUUCCAAGCUGACGUGCAUCAGGAUAAUCACUAAAUCCCAAAAGGGUGACAGCUGUGCUCCCACCAACACCACCGUGGAGAUUGUAGGUACUAAUGGCCAAAAUGGGGAUGAAAAGCAAAACACUGUGGCACGUAAAAUUGUCAAGAUGACCAAGCAGCCGGCCAAAAAGAAACCCCCUCCUUCAAGAGAAAAAAAAGUGACCAGGACUAUCUUGGCUAUUCUCUUGGCCUUCAUCAUUACUUGGACACCAUACAAUGUGAUGGUGCUCAUCAACAGCUUCUGCAUCUCCUGCAUCCCCAACACUGUAUGGACUAUUGGUUACUGGCUCUGUUAUAUCAACAGCACCAUCAACCCUGCCUGCUAUGCGCUCUGCAAUGCUACCUUUAAGAAAACCUUUAAGCACCUUCUUAUGUGUCAUUACAAGAACAUAGGAGCCACAAGGUAAAAAGAAAAAAACAUGGAAAGAGGAGAGAUGUUUCGAGUUUUAAAAACAAACAAUGCCACAGCACUUUAUGCUCUAGUGUGGAACGUGCAGUUAAGGAACCUAGUGGAGUCACUGACCUGGACCUUCAGCUCAGUCUUUGAGAACUGCACUUAAAACCUUUACUAUUGUUGUUGUUGUUGCUAUCCAUGAGUCUUGGGGAAGUGGUGAUUGAAGGAGGGGUCAGGAGGCAAUGUGGACGGGAGGCACAGUUCCUGGUUCUCUGACAGUAUCAUGCAGAAGGGCUUUCUGAAUCUAUGAUUUUUGUCCAUUUUUAUAGAAUAACAAUAAUCUUUGUCUAUGUGUCUUGUCUGUCAUUCUGUCUGUUUGUUUGUCUGUCUGAAGAAAAAGCUGUAAGGGCACUCUAACAAGAAAUAAAAUAGAAUUGGGGAGGGGAAAGGUAGAGGAGAGAGAGAGACAUGGAACAAUCCAAACUCAUCUUGCAAAGAUUAUUUCCAAAGUUAAAAGCUAACAAUGAUUUUUUUUUAUCAGGGUCUCAUGUUGAGACUAACUAUAGGCUAACUGUGACAGCUAAUAUAUUAUCUAUACCUCUCUCCCAUCACCAAAAAUAUAUGAGACAAAAGUGUUCUUUAUCUCACCAUGGAUCCGAUGAUUCAUUAUCCAUUGUUCCAAGCAUAUCACCUCUCUCUUACCGAGGGGGUUGGUCCUUUGGUGCCAAUGAAAAUGAAGAUGAAAAUGAAAAGGGCGGGGAACGAAGAGGUCCCUUCCAGUUUGCUGUAUCACAAAGCUUGUGUAGAGGCCCUUAUAAGCCAAAGUCUUUGAAGAUUUAGCUCACUUAAGCUCUUUUAUGUAAUAUCCCCCAUGAAGUUGUAUUUUUCUUCAGCCAUUUCUUUUUUGCACCCUCCCUGCCUAGGAUUAGGAUUGAAAACCAAAGCAAGAUGUGAAUUGCAUAUUUUCAUCAAAUUAACAACCAUGUGGUCCAAAUCAAGGAAGUAAAUUGAGCCCAGCAAGAGCACGUGGUAAAUAGGUAAGGAGAGAGUUAUAGCCAUUUCUGAUGGUCACAUAUAUUAAGUUCAGGAUUUGCUUGCAGCUACCAGAGGUGAAAGGUGAACAUAAGAAAGUCCAUCUUAAUGUCCGAAAGAGAGAAGAUUCCUAUUGAUAUAUUUGUCCUACAGAAGAGAAUAACUGUGCCUAGAUCAGUGUGUCCACCUGCAAGUGACUCUGGGCAUGUCCCUGGAAUUGGUGGGGAUGAUGUAUAUUUUAUAGAAAAAAAUGCAGUGCUGGCCAUGUUGCCUUUUGUAUUAGCAUGGAGCAAUAUCAUCACUACUAAUCAAGGGAUAAUGGUAGUAAAGGGGCAGAGAGGAAAACAGAGGUUAAACAGACAUAGGCAGUGCAAUAUAAUUAUUUUAAAAUGUUCCAAAAAUUGUCAUAAUCUACAUUUGAGUCCUCCUGCCUGUAAAAGAGAUACUUUUGCAGUAUUUGAUAUAAAUUAUGGCAAAACUUAGCAUACUGUGUGAGUAUGGCAGAGUGCAUCAGAUUAAAGUACCCCGUGAGAUUGCAUAUGUCAAUAUCCUCCCUUUCUUUGACAUGUCCAGAUUCUAAUAAAGGUAUGUCCCGGGAUUUUACUAUCCUAAGACUAACCUUUCACCGUGACACUACUAUGAGGUUCCUUCAUUGUAAGCCAAAAAUAUCCACGGUCAUCUGGAAUGAUGCUCACACAACAACUAGACCACUAAAUCAUCUCAGAAUAUCAUCCUAUUAUAUAUCAGUCUUCCACAGUGAACUUCAAAAUAGCAGCUUUUCAUAUUGAAAGGAAAUUAACCUGGAUAAUUUAAUAUUUAAACUUUUCAGAUGCUCAGAUGAACUAUGAACUAGUUCACUUGAGAAAUCAUUUAGGAUCUUUAGGACCUUUUAGGAUCACUUUAGGAUCUUUUUGACCUAGACCAGUUCAAAGUUCCUGGCAGAAAAGGAAAAUUAACCACUAUACAAAACAAGGUGCAAAAGCACCUAUGCCGGAUUGUUUUCACAAUCGCUAUCUUAAAUUGCAGUGGCCAUUAGGAGCCAUUAUUGACAAAUAAAAUAAUUAACUCAUUAAUGGCCUGAACCAAAUCUCUUUGAAGUACAUGGAAAACUUUCCAUAGACUUCAACACGUCAAAGCAUUAGGUGAACACAGCAAAUGCUUGUUCACGACGGGUCUGAAUCGGCAAUCCUUAUAUUGAACAGCAUUAACUCCCACCAGUCCAACUUUACUGUGAUUACUCAUGUAAAUAAUUGUUGCUCAAUGUAAGGGCUGCAAAAUUGAUUCCUGAAUAGCUGUCAAAGUUAUUUUCACCUGAUGUGUCUUGAAGACAUAAAGGAAGUUAUCUGGCCAUGUUUCAGCAGUCUGUGCUGUUUAGUCUCAUCUAAAUGGUGAGACUAAUAUCCAUGGGUAUUGUAAACAUACUCAAAGAAAGUGGAAUAUGUUCACUUUUCUAUAUUCUUCAGGAAAGAAAAGCUAUCCAAGGGUAUGUCUACACUACCCCCCUAGUUCGAACUAGGGGGGUAGUGUAAACAUACUCAAAGAAAGUGGAAUAUGUUCACUUUUCUAUAUUCUUCAGGAAAGAAAAGCUAUCCAAGGGUAUGUCUACACUACCCCCCUAGUUCGAACUAGGGGGGUAGUGUAAACAUACUCAAAGAAAGUGGAAUAUGUUCACUUUUCUAUAUUCUUCAGGAAAGAAAAGCUAUCCAAGGGUAUGUCUACACUACCCCCCUAGUUCGAACUAGGGGGGUAGUGUAAACAUACUCAAAGAAAGUGGAAUAUGUUCACUUUUCUAUAUUCUUCAGGAAAGAAAAGCUAUCCAAGGGUAUGUCUACACUACCCCCCUAGUU